UCUAGACCUCUCGCGUCGAACACCGCUACUCCUGUGCCGUGGCCGACUCGGCAUCUCUCGUUACGCCUAGCAUCUGCUGCCGCCUUGUGCCGUGCAGUCGUCGAUCUUUGCGCACUUCCCCUUACCGCAGCUCACCCCGUUCGCUAUCCCGCGGCGCCCCAGGGCACGUCGUGUGUUUACUUUAUUCCUUUCGUUAAUCUUAUUUCUACCUAACCUAUUCGUAAUAAUGGCUGGUCCCGGUGGUGGUCCCCCUCGUCGGAGCCACACCAAGUCCCGAAAGGGAUGUGACACCUGCAAGCGUCGCCAUAUCAGGUGUGAUGAGAACUUUCCCCAGUGCCGCAACUGCACCAAGCACAAGAUCCGCUGCCCGUACAAUGACGUCCCCGUUCCCGAGGACAGGGCUGGCUCGCCCGACAAGGCCGACCUUAUGUGGACACCUGAAAUCGAGGCUACCAUCGAGCAGUGGCGCCGCACCGGAAUGUUCCCGUUCCCCAGUCUGGGCGUCUACCCAGCACCCGCGCCCGAGUUCAUGACGCUCGAAGAGCUGAGGUUGAUCCACCAUGUUGCCUCCAUCAGCCACCAGAUGCAGGAACUCGAUGCCAACGAGUUCACCCUCUGGACGCGGCAGAUCCCUACCAUCAUCAGGAUCGGCGCGACCCACCGCUAUGUGUUGCAUGCGUUGCUCGCGUUUUCAGCGAUGCAUCUCGCGUACCUGACCGGCUGUCCAACCGUCGGAAGCAUGGCUUACGAGCAUCGCGGCAUUGCCCUGAAGGGCCUCCAGGAAGCCAUCGGCGCCUUCUCUCGGGAAACCUCGGACGCCAUCCUCGCCGCGUCUCUGGUUCUCUCCUGGCAAGCCACAGAUUGGCGGAGCUGGACCCAGCUCAUGCAGGGAACCUCAUCUGUCAUCGAGGCCAUGGAUCCCUGGAAACAUGAAUCUCAGUUUGGGGAGUUCAUCGCCGAGAGCAGCACCUUCCCGACUGCUCCGCCUUCGCCCACUCCGGACCAUCGGCCGGCCCAGCCCCGCGAGGACGAUCUGGAGGCCUUCCAGCGUGCCCUGCAGCAGCUCCAGAAGCUGGAGUCCUUCCUCAAGAAGAGCCGCGAAGACACGAAGCCGGUGAGCCAGCUCAUUAGCUUCUUGAAGGGCUCCCGUAAGGUCACGUCCUCGCUGGCGGUGAGUCAGCAGUUCGACCGUCUGAAGCCGCUGCGCACCUGGCUCUUUUGGCUGCCCGUCAUGUACCUGCAGCGGAAUGGUGCAUCGCCAAAUGCCCUGGUCGUGAUCGCCCACUACUACACGGCUGCCCUGUUGAUGGAACGCCUGUUCCCCGAGAUCGGCGCUGCCUAUUUUGGAAGCAUGACCAUUGGGCCGGUUGAGGAGAUUGCCCGCCGUCUGUAUGCGAUCCGCAAUUCUGGACACCUCGACGGAGACCUCCAGACGCCGCUCAAUUUGAUGGAGUUCCCCAUCGAGACGGUCAAUGAAUUCCGCUCGCGGAUGGGAUGGGUCCAGCCGGUGCGCACGCCGUCGUUCCCGCAGUUCGAUACGCCCGAUUUCUACAUGAACGAAGGCUCGCCGCUGAUGAUGGCGGAAAAUCUGUCUUCCGAGUUCUUGCCAUACGGGGAGAACGUGGCCUUCAGCUACAGCACUGAGGAUCUGUCCGUCAUUCCGGAGUCUGGCCCGAACACCGCCGUCAGCCCGCUCCAGCUGUCGUCGCCGUAUGUCAACCCGCAGUACCUGAACAUCCCCAGUCCGUCGUACGGGGGUUACAGUCCUGCCUCGAGCACCUACGGUGACUUUGGUGACGCAUCUCCGAUCGUCUACAGCGACGCAGAGGACUCGGUCCCCUAUGGCGUCGGUUACACGGCCACCUCACCUAUGCUGGGCGGUGCCAACACUUAUGGCGUCGGGCCUUCCUAUUUGAGCACCACUCCGGACUACCCACCUUCUGAGGAUGUUUACUGCUGGCUGCCAAGUCAACACCACCCAACCUUUGCACCUUCACCCUUCUUGAGCUCUGAGCAGACUCUGGGCCCCGUUCCCGAGUCGCCGCGGCCCCAACUCUUCCCAUCGGAGACCCAGGAAGGGAACAGCGUGCCUUUGGAACCGGUACUCCCUGCUCCCCCAACUGCCCAGGACAAGGGAAAGGGGAAAGACACCUAGCGGCGCCACCUCUUCUUCGCCUCUGCUGGUUUAUGAACCUUAACGACAUUUCUCUUUCGUUUUCGUGCAGCAUCCGAGCUGCUUCUUUCCAUACCUCAACACAGACGCAAAUGUACAGCACCCUCCUUCCGGCGAUCACAUACACCUCCGAGUCGGC